AUCGGGAGAAAAUGUGAUCAUUUGGUUUUUGACGGAAGGAAUUCAGACUAAGCAAUAAAUCAAAAUGGAACCUAAGAGUCGACCACGAUUAGAUGGAGUGUUCCCUGAAAUGAAUGGAGAUAAAGACGAUGAUGCACCAUUAUCACCUGUGCGAAAACAAAUUGAACAUUUUGAGAAAAGGGGUGGAAAGGGUCCAGCCCCUCUUCCUCAAGGAGGAUUCCACCUCCCCAAAAUUGGAAAUUACAAACCCAAGUCUCUGUUGACAUCUGAGCCACGCUCACCAAAACAAAAUCAGAACUCAAGACUUUCAGAUGAUUUCAAAUUUGAGCCAAUUCAAUUUGUUUUACAUGAAAAGGAUGACCCACCACCUCAGUCAAAAAACUUUAUCCUCAUGGGAGAUAAUCAGCAGUUAAUGACGAUUCAUAAUGGUGAGAGUGAAGGUCAAAAUGAGGAGGAUUCUGGGAGAGCAUCACCCGAUAAACCAGCCUUUACGGAAAAUCCUCUCUUUGAAAAAGACUCACCAGAAUCACCACUAUUGGAAAGAUUCCAAGAGGAUGAGAGUGGUGUCUAUCACCAACUUCACGAUAAUCAAGGUUUUGUAGAUUCUGCACCUUCUGAUGAUACACCACAUUUUGACAACGAUGUCCGAGAGUUUGAGGAUGUUCCUCCAGCAGAUUAUCCUUUAGAAGAGGAGGAGGAAGAUAGACCUAAACCUCCUCCCCGAAAAAAGAAGGGUAAAAAAGAAGAAAAUGGUGAGAAUUCUCCAUUCAUUCCUGCUCCAGAUUAUGAUGAGGGAUCAACACGAAAGUUUAACGGUGGCCCAACAAAUACUCCAAGGCAUGAACCGAUAUUUGAGGAAUUUGGAGGGGAAGAUUAUUCAAAAUAUUUGAGUGAUGAAGAAGACUAUGAAUUUGACACAUCACUCACCUGGCGAAAAGAAAUGAAACAUAAACGUUACAAAACCAAAAAUAACAAUCCUGGUACAGCUCAACGUUCAAAAGCCAAACAUUUACCGCAAAUGAGGAAACCACAAGAUGGUCCAAAACCUCAGCAGGAAAUCCGACCCAUCGGUACAAAGUCCCGACGUCAACAUGAAACAGCACAUGAGAGUAUGAGACGGAACACUAUAAGAGACUUCACUUUCGAUCAUUCCAAAAUGGGAAAUGGAACAGUUCGUAGCACUGUUAGUACAUCGGCAAAAGGACGUUAUAUGAAACGUAACAAAGAACGUGGGAGAAUUGUGGAAAGUGAAGAAGGGACAUAUGAAGAUUUCUUGCGCAAUCGUCACAAUGAAAAUGGAAGCAACAGCAGCAAUGACAGUGGCAUUGUUCCAGGAGAGGAAAUCAAGUAUAACAAUCCUGUUUUUAUGUACAGUCAGCCAAAAUUGAAGGAUGGAAAGUCUUCAUUAUGGAAGAAACUUACAUGGAAAUUCAGAAGAAAUACUUCUGGAUACCAAAUGGCAUAA